AUGGCAGCUAAUGAGAUGAGAGUUAGAGGUGUGGCAAUCCCACGACCCACCUAUGUGACUUCAUGCAUUCAGAAACUUGAGGCUGGUGGGAGAUUUGAACUGAAGCAAAGAGUGGUGCAAAUAUUGCACUCAAAUGGACAGUUUACUGGUCUUUCAUAUAAAGAUCCUACGAUUCACAUUCAGAAUUUUCAUGAAAUCAGUGAUACUUACACUCCAACUAGAGAGAACAAAGAUUAUGUGAGGCUUACUUUAUUACCUUUUUCUCUGUUGGGGGAAGCCAAAAGAUGGAAAAAGGGUGGUGAGAAAUUGUACCAAGCUUGGGACAGGAUCAAAUCGAUGUUGGUGAGCUGCCCUCAUCCCCAUCAAGCUAAUGAGGUGUUAGUCCAUACUUUGAUUGAAGGUUUGGAGCCUAACAUCAAGAUGUUGCUUGAUGCAACUACAGGUGGACAAGCUUUAGAGAAGACUUAUGCGGAAUUAUAA